AGCGUGGCCUCCGACCGUUGCGGACCUGCUCACAAUCGCUUUGUAGAGAAAGGAUCGACCCGAGUGCUUCUUGCGACAUCCGCGUCAGACAAAAUAAUCAUGAGAAUACUACCCCUAAUCGUGUUCGCAGCUUGCCUCCUGUGCCAAGCGACCGCGCGGCCACAGGACGAUACCGAACCGCGCGGCAACCGCGGACUGUUAAAGAGAGGGCUGGUAGGCAAGGCGAAGACUACCACUACCACGCCAGCACCACAGGAAGAAGAAGAAUAUGAAGAAGAAGCAGAAUACCAAGAAGGUGAACCGCAGGAACCAUCCACAGAGGCACCUCCAUCUUCUACGGAGGGUAAAAAGUUAGUCGGAAACGGUGUACGACCUUUCAGAAGCAACACAGAUUUGUUAGAAGCUUUAAAGAGACGCCGAGCGCAAGCGGCGGAAGCGAAAAACCAAGGCAACUCAGCUCCAUCGGUGCCACAGCAGGCUUCCGACGGUCAAACAGAAACUCCGGUGAAAGCUAGUUAUAGCAAAAAGCGUUUCAACACAGCAACGCGGGAAACAAAGAGUGAAGACGCCCCAGCGCCAUCAAAGCCCAGUAGAGGGCGCUUCGGAAGACCAUCCUCGAAGUCAUUUCAAGAACCUGAACCGGAAGAACAGAAUGACACCACUCCCCCCGCAAGGACCGGAAGGACAUUCAGAAGGGGAGGCAAUUAGAUUUCAUAUACACCCCCCUCCCCCUAUCCCAUAUUCCGUCCGCCCCACCCUCCUCAAUAGUGAUAUGCCAUCAGAUAUUCUGGAACUCGUCAAAUCCGGUUCUAUAAACAAAAUAUAUCUUCUAUUUGUAAAUUAUGUAUAAGUAAUUGUAAUAAAUAAUUUUUAACUUUUA